AUGACAUUCUCGCUCACGACAAAAAUACUGCUCGUCAGCCUCGUAUGCCUCCUCUUCGCGGGCCGCGCCUCAGCCUUUGGCGCUGGCGAAGUGGCGGGAACUAGCUCCUUCAACGGCUACGUCUGGCGACAUGGAGACAUUGCUGAGGCGCUGCGGUAUUUGCCGGCAAGUUUUAUUACGCACUAUCGUUUCACUGCACUUGAGCGACGGCAGAUUUAUUUCGGCAAUUGGUUGAGAGACUUUUCACAAAUUAUUGAUACGACGGGCCUUGAGACGGUACCGGAGCCCGUGUUGAGAGCCAUCGUGAGCAUUUUGGGGUUCAUGGAAUUUGGGUUUGCGACCGAUGAGUUUGACGUCACGCGUGAGAGGUUGGGUUGUUACACGCACGUUGAGCAUAUCGAUAACCCAAAAGGCUAUCCCGAUAAUGCGAAAGAUGUCGAUGAGAGGCUUCGGGGGCCUGUUGAUCCUAGGGAACUCGAGUUCGAUCCCAAGACGGGCAUGAAAAAUUACAUCGCCAAUUCUGGACACGGUUGGGAUACAUCAGCUGAUUACGUCACACGCGAACUUCGCGAAUGCAUCCGACUCGGCCGCGACAAGGACCCGAAAUCUAAGAAGGAAGCUUUCAUUCACCUUGGCGCUGCGCUGCAUACUCUUGAGGAUUUCUCAGCGCACAGCAAUUUCACCGAACUUUGUCUGCUGGAACUCGGCGAGACGGAUGUUUUCCCCUUUGUGGGCGAUGCGUGUCGCGUUCAGACGCCUGGUUGGAGAGGAAAGAUGGUGCCACCCAUUGUGACAGGAACCUUUGGCAUGCUUGAUAUCUUUCACAGUCUUUUGGGCGAGGCGGAUGACAUGGCUGUUCUUCAAUGCAAGGGAUCGCUGGAGAACCUGGAAAAUGAAAUGAACAUCGGAGAAAUCGCGUUUCAGCAUCUAUACGAUCUUCUCAGAGCUGCCAUCGAAGCACUGAGCAAGCUUGCUUCCAACAGCACAAUUCAUGAUCCUAUUCUGCAGCAACUCGAAAGCGUUGGUGUUCUCUUCCAAAAGGCAGAAGAGUCCAAGAAGGGCAGCACAACAGCCGAAAGCAGCCUUGACGCCAACAACCUUUGGCAGACCAUCGAGCCCAUCUUCUACCUCCACGAUCGCAUCAAGAAGUGGAUCCAGGAACGAACCGAGACGCACGACGAUGAGCCGCUAUCUGAGGACUCGAGCACGCAGUUGGGCAAGUACACGGAUCAACUUGUGUUCAAGUACUUGAGUCUCAUGAUUGAGAGUUCCAUCAUGCAACUGCGUAAUGCGCUCAAGGCGGCCAAGGAACGCGUCGACGCGGAAGCUGCGAAAUCUACCUCUGCAGAAGUUUACCUUGAUGGGGAAGGGUCUGACCCGAGUCAUUCUGAUAUUUCGAAAGAUCACUUCAGCAACGUUCUCAACCAACCAGCAGGUCUUGUUUCGACUGUUACUACCAACUGGACUACACAGCAGGUUGUCAAGUGCUGGGACGAUCCCUUCCGAGACGAAGAAGAAUCUAUUCGCCAGAUCUUGACCAUCAUGCAUCACCCCGCCUUUCCGGGUCGUCACAAAACAGCUAUCCAGAAGUACAUGUUCACAGCUGUCGAAGAAUGGUGGAACCAUAACACUGCCUCUGAAAAGGACACAAUCCGAGGCAUGCUCACCAAAGAGAGCGUACGCAACCGACAGCACGAGAACCACACUCUCACAUUGAAAGACCUAGAAGGCAAACGCAAGGGAGUUGCGGAAUUUCCCGGCUCUAGACCCAAGCUCAAGCAGAAGCCCGCAAAGCCGUCGCCGUUGACCUGGGUUGUCGGUACGGCGAAGAGUGAUGCCAAGUAUUUGUUUGGCGCUUUGAAAAGAGGAGCGAGAGAUCCCGUUGGGGCAGUCUGCUUCGUGGGCGGCGGCGUAUAUAUGCUCUUUGUGCAGAUAUUCCUGAUUAUUACUGGUGUUUUCGGGCUUUGGAAAGCGAAGAGGGAUUAA